AUAGAUAUAAAUCAUGUUAAUAUUUAUUAAAUUUAUUAUUGUUUAUUUUGAAUUUAAGCUGACCCUGAACUGAUUAUGGUAUCUUAGUAACUGCCAAUGCUAAGUAACAGAAAAUCAAUGCUAACGUCAAGUCAGUUUUCAUUUUUUGUUAUUGUGAUGCUUACUUACGUAUACGGAUCCAAAUAUAAUAGAAUAUAAUAACAUUCUUAACAAUUAUUAUUUAAAUAUCUUUUCACUAAAAAGUGAAUUAUAUAACAUUUCUGUUCACCCAUUGAAUACAUAGCGUAAAAUUUAUGUCAAUUUCAAAACCAACAACGUGCAAAGAUGCGACUCGUCGUUGGGAAGAAGAGAAUAAAUGUGAUGCUGCAUCAGCGUUAGAAGUGGAUUUGAGUUUUCAAUGGCCCCCUGUAGAAAAAAUGGAUAAUUCUCUUUCACUAUUUUCAAAAUGUCGAAAAUUAUCACUCUCUACUAACAUGAUUGAAAAAAUAAUUGGAAUAAGUUCUCUUAAAAAUUUAAAAAUAUUAUCGCUGGGACGAAAUGUUAUAAAAGGAUUUACCGGCCUUGAAGCACUUGCUGAUACCCUCGAAGAAUUAUGGAUUUCCUAUAAUUCUAUCGAAAAAAUGAAAGGUAUAGCAACUAUGAAGAAUUUGAAAGUACUUUACAUGUCAAAUAACUUAGUUAAAGAAUGGAUUGAGUUUAUGCGUCUUCAAGAAAUGAUGAAUCUACGUGAAUUAUUGUUUGUUGGAAAUCCGUUAUGUGAAGUUAUCGAGAUGGAUCUUUGGAGAAUUGAUGUUGCCAAGCGAUUGCCAAGUUUAGAGAAGUUAGAUGGUGAACCGUUAAUCAGAACGGAAGAUAGUUCUGUACAGCCAGCACAGGUGUUAGGAAAAGUAGAAACUUCAACUGUUGUAGAGAAGGAAUAAAUAAGGUUUUAUCCAGAAAACAACGA